AUGUCUGUAAUUCGACCUGUAAUUCCCGCAAAUAAAGAAGUACUUGAGUGGUGCUCUGAUUUUAGUAAACUUGAAACUUAUGUAAGUGUGUUCAAUCUACUUCAACAAAUAAAUUAUACGGUAAUUAAUUUUAUUAAAUUAAAGUUCGAUAAAGUGCCCUUGGAUAGACGACAAGAAGUUGGUGGUCAAAAACUUAAAUCUCUGCUUAGUGAAACCGAAUUUCCCGGCCCUAUCCUGCUAUCUUCGAAUAAUCCUAUUACUUUCUCGUUGUCUACACAUCAAUUUCAGUCACAUAUCGAACAAAAUGUACCUGUUAAUGUACAACCUGCAGUCUUUCAUGUCUUGAUUCCACUCGGAAACCAUCCUUACGAGAGGGAUCCGCGCCAUGAUCCUGUAGUUUUAUUUCAUCGAUGGAUAAUAAGAUCAAAGUAUAAUAACGUCAACUUUGGUUUUGAAUUUGAUCCAUAUGAAAAAUCCAUAAUAAUGUUGGAAAAUUUAUAUGAACGAUUAGGCAAAGAUAUUGCGGCGUUUAUCACAGGGUCUGCAUUGCAAGAUUCUAUUUCACCUUCAGACUCAAUUCACAAAAUAUUCCGCUGUCAAUUAGCUUUUGAAUUAGGGGAAUAUUAUUUCUCCAGGAAUCGUGAAAAAGCCUUCUCUUAUUUAUGUAAAUGUAGACUUGAAGGCCAUUCUUAUGACCGAACAAAGGAAUAUAAAACUUUUUG